UGUCAAAUUACCUGUGAUCGCCGACAACAUAGCAUUCGUCGAAAAAGGUAAUUAUGAUUCGAUUUGUCACUGUAGUAUUACUACUGGCUUGGUCGUGGAAUUGGGCGAUUGCCGAGUCCACUUUUGAAGACGACUACAAUGGGAAAUUUGUUUACAAUUCCGAAUUGGGAGGUGAUGAGCUUCAAGGAUCAGAUUCUGACAAAGCCGCAAAUGCAGACGCACCCUGUGGACCAACGUACAAAAUUUGUCGUGACUACAAUGCAACGACAACCAGCGGAAUCAUUCAACCGUUGGAUCCGUUGGUAGUGGGACCAUCGCCGAAAAUGUGUUCCUUUUCCAUCGUGGCACCGCCCGGUUAUCGCAUCCAAAUGACUUGCUCCAUCGUCCAGAUUAGUAGAAGUUGCAGUUUUCUGAAAUUACGUGACGGACAGGUGGUUUUGGCUGAUCCACCAACCGUCGAUGAAGUCUACACUUCCAACGGCAACGUCAUUGUGGUGGAAUCUCAACUGCUUCACUAUGGAAACACGUUCGAUUGCAAGUGGACAAUGAUUGCGCCAAUUACAACUACAACUACAUCAACAACAACUCAAAGACCACUGGCGACUGAAUGUGGCCGAUCGAAAUUCACGUCGUCGAGGAUCUUGGGUGGAACGGAAGCCAAUCCCAACGAGUUUCCGUGGAUGGUCCACCUCGUCGUUAACAAGGAUGGAGGGCCGUAUACGUGCGCUGGAACUCUCAUCAGCAACCAAGCCUUUGUGACGGCCAUGAGCUGUUUUCUAGACAGCAAAGGAAACUUGUCAUGGAGCGGCUUUACAACCAUCACGUUGGGAGCGCACGACUUUAGCAGCAACAGCAACGACCGCAAUCGUCAAGUCGUCCAAUGGACCAGUGGACAGCUGGGCAGUUGGCCUCAAUAUGCAGUAGAGGGGGAUUGGGCCAUUUUUAAGUUAUUGAAACCUGCUAUUUUAAACGGUAAUCGCCAGCAGCAUCUCUCACGUCUUUUGUUGAGAAAUGACCAGCACCAAACUAAUCAUGAUUCCCGCGCAAAUGCAGAUUACGUCCAGCCAGCAUGCCUGCCGUUUGCCAACGAACCGGAUCACUUGAACGAUCCCGUCGUCCUCACCGGAUGGGGCGACUACAUUCCUGGCGUUCCGAGCCCUGUUUUACGCAAAACUACAACGACCGUCAUCUCCUCGGCUGGAACAAACGGCCAGUGUCAGCAGACGGCUGGAAUAGGUUCGUUCUCGGGCGACAAAGUCAUUUGCAGCGACGGAUCUAAAGGGCGUCGCCUUUGUAAAGGUGAAAGAGGAGGGCCGCUGAACUAUUACAACAAGGAGCUGGGCCGGUGGUUCUUCAUAGGAAUCGGCAUGAUGGGAGACGAAAGCAAUUGUCUAACCAACUGCAAACCAAACGUAUUCACUCGUGCCAAGGCAAUAUUACCGACGCUUUGUGGUUGGAGCGGUGUCACUCCUCCAGACGGCAAAUGUAGUUAGGCAAACCACAGGAAUCCUAUUUGAAUACAGUCGUGACAACAUAUUGCCCUCAAACACAACAUGACCUAAAACGUACUAAUAAGACUAAUAAUAAUAAGUAAACGAAUACAAUUCAAUCAAAUCAA